AUGAUCUUAUGGAUCUUUGAUCAACAAAUGAUCACAUUUGGCCGUUACGCCUCCAGCAGUCAUGAGAAUCAGGCGACUGAACACUUGGAUUUGUGGCUCUGCAAAGCACUCCCAAGGAAUGCGAUGAAUUGGAGGAAGUUAGCUCGUACAUGUGCAUUAGAAAUGUGGACGAAGAACAAAUAUAUAUAUGUUGUAGUAGUCGACACUCCUUCAAGUCGACAAUGCACAAAAAUUAAUAUAUUUAGUAUUUGA